GGAUUCAACGAUACUUGGAAACAUUCUCCAGUCAAUGCAGCCAAAAGGAAGGGGUGGAGGAUUCCUCACACCCUGUUCCUGUCCCUGGGAGAGCUGAGGGCAGUGUUUGCUGGGAAAGAGUACAACCGAAGGCUGGAAAACAUCAGGCUCCACGGGAGCGCGGGAGAGGAGCCUCACAUCCUGCUGGAGUGCGACAGCAACGUCCUGGAGCCCUUCCAGAAACACCUGAAACUGUACAAGAUCCGCAGGAAAGUCGACAUCUCCCCCUGCCCUGACCUCUCCCUGUGGGCUGUCAUCCCUGGGGAACAGGCUGGAGACGCCUCCAGCUCCCUCCCGAAAUGUGCAGGCCAGGCUGUGCUCUUGACUCCUGACCCCAGGGCAGAAGUCAUGGGCUGGAGACUGAUCACAAAGAAAGGAGCAAAUCUGUCGGAGAUUAUCCCUGGGAGUGAAGUCGGAGACGUUCAGGAUUACCACAGGCACAGGUAUAAGCAAGGAAUUCCUGAAGGUGUGAAGGAUCUCCCUCCUGGAGUCGCCCUCCCUCUGGAGUCCAACCUGGCCUACAUGAACGGCAUCAGCUUCACCAAGGGCUGUUACAUCGGGCAGGAGCUGACGGCCAGGACACACCACAUGGGCGUCAUCCGCAAGCGCCUGCUCCCCGUCUCCUUCUCAGCUCCGCUUCCCAAAGACGGCAUUCCCGAGGGUGCCGAGAUCCUCACCGAGUCGGGAAAGCCGGCCGGGAAGUUCCGGGCGGGAGGAGGUGACCUCGGGAUAGCUCUGCUGAGGUUGGCUCACAUACACGAGCCGCUCUGCAUCGAUGUGGGAGGGGAUAAAGUGAAGCUCAGCGCAAACACACCCCAGUGGUGGCCCAAAACUGCUGCUAAAUAGGUGAGGAGCCACCACUUGCCUUCUGGAGGAUCUCAUCCUGUGGGAGAAGUUUGGCCUUCGGCUGGUGUUUGUGGUGUUUGAUGGAGGGGUGUCACAGGAUGCCUCAAAUCGGGACUGAACUCAAAUUGGGUCCCCUCAAAUCGGGAACCCAAAGCUGUGAGGUCGGAUCGUCCACUGGGUGUUGUGGAGAGAGAUACACAGGGAAGUGCACUUUUUCCUGAGGGUGAUCCCUGUUUAUUUAGGGGUUGCCACGUGUUGCUGGAUGGAUUUUGAGGCUGACCCUCCAUCAGACUGUGCUCCGUGUAGGAUGUGGGGCGUGUUCCCACCGAGGUGAGCAAUGGGAGCAGGAGUUUCCCUGUUCCACGCACUGAAUGUGUCAGUUCAGAAUAACCAUUUUGUGGUAUUAUGAUGAUUUUUGGUUUUUUUUUUUUU